AUGUUGCAGGUUAAUGGUAUGAUAGCUGCAAGUUUCCUGAUGUCAUCCUUGGACUUACAUGCAGAUGAUCGCGACAAAGAUGUGCUAAGCAUCGGCGUUUUAGGUGGAUUUUUUGAAACGGGUCUACAUAAUGUCAAACCUCAUGUAGACAUUACUGCUGUCGAACGCGACUUGACCGUCUUGGAGGCUGCAAAUAAGUGGUUCGCACUCAAGCCCUCGAAAAAUCUGCAUCUACUCGCUCAAAAUAGCUCGAAUUUAUGGAAGAUGCUGCAAGAAGAGGUAUUUCUUAUCAAUUCAGGUCGGAAGUUCGAACGUUAUUGGCAAUUCAAUGAUUGUCGAAAGGGAUUUUUGCCCGGCCGCACCGUUUCAAACUCUGGAGGCUGUGAGAUUGAUCAAGAGCGUUCUGGAACCUACAGGUACACUGGUGCUUUACGUGGAUCACAUAACAGAUGCAGACAAAUACAGGUGGAAAGCGGUGUGCGUGGCUAUGUUUUGCUGUACGUAGGCUUAUGCUAG